GGUGUUUUGUGUAUUUGUUAAGUUUUUAUAUUUAUUCUUUGUUGUUGUUGUUAUUAUCAUCUGAUAUCCAGUGUAUUUGAGUGUUUUUUUACGUGCGUGUUAAUAUUGAAAAAUUAUUGAUUUUUUCUGAUAUUUAUAAAUCAUCAUUAUCGUUAUUUCAUUAACGAAACAAUGCAAGCCAUCAAAUGUGUUGUCGUCGGUGAUGGUGCCGUCGGUAAAACAUGUCUUUUAAUUAGCUAUACAACCAAUGCAUUUCCGGGUGAAUAUAUUCCCACUGUAUUUGAUAAUUAUUCGGCCAAUGUUAUGGUCGAUGGUAAACCAAUUAAUCUAGGCCUUUGGGAUACGGCCGGACAAGAAGAUUAUGAUCGUUUACGACCAUUAUCAUAUCCACAAACGGAUGUUUUCUUAAUUUGUUUUUCACUUGUAAAUCCAGCUUCAUUCGAAAAUGUUCGAGCAAAGUGGUAUCCAGAAGUAAGCCAUCACUGCCCAAAUACACCAAUCAUACUUGUUGGAACAAAAUUGGAUCUAAGAGAUGAUCCACGUACAAAUGAAAAACUAAAAGAACGUAAAUUAGCACCAAUAACCUAUCCACAAGGUUUAGGUAUGGCCAAAGAAAUUGGUGCUGUUAAAUAUUUAGAAUGUUCAGCAUUAACACAAAAAGGUUUAAAAAAUGUAUUUGAUGAAUCAAUAAGGGCGGUAUUAUGUCCACAACCAAAACCAAAACGUAAUAGGCAUCGUUGUAAUAUUCUUUAAAUCAGUGAAGAGAAAAUGAUUGCAAAAAAGUAAUGAUUGAAUUUUCAAAGAAUAACUAACGAAAGCGCAUUUUAUCAUCAUUUUUUUACAUCCAAAAAACGACAAAACUCCAUCCAAUUGAAAAAAGCAAAAAACAGCCUCACAACAAAACAUCAACG